CAAAUUAUGGUAAGAGUGGAAACACUAAAAUUCACCCUUCACAACAUCUUUUCUUUCCACUUCUCAUCUUUUUCAACAACAAAACAAACUAAACCCACAAAUUCUCCUCUUCUUUUGUCAUAAUAUUACCAAAUAUAGCGGUACUACUCAAAUGUGUUAUUAUUGAUCAUCAAAAGAAGAAAUGAUGGAAAUACAAAUUCCCAUUAAUAGUACUAACAAUGAUAAUCUUAAUAAUAAUAAUACUACUACUACCACCACUACUACCAGUACUCAUUCAUUAUAUUGUUCAGCCGAGUUGACAUCAACUCGGCUGAACUCACCCAAUUCCAACUCGGACCCCGUGAAAACACCAAAGCGUGCCCGCGACACAGGCGGGAAGCACCCAGUGUACCGCGGGGUCCGAAUGCGGACUUGGGGUAAAUGGGUGUCCGAAAUUCGCGAACCAAGGAAAAAAUCCCGCAUUUGGCUAGGGACCUUUCCAAACCCGGAAAUGGCCGCCCGCGCACACGACGUAGCUGCCCUUAGCAUAAAGGGUGACUCGGCAAUCCUCAACUUCCCUGAACUCGCCGGGUUGUUACCUCGGCCCGUGUCACUAAGCCCGCGCGACGUACAAGCAGCUGCUGCUAAAGCAGCUGCUAUGGAAAUCAUUGAUCACGAUAACGAUAACGAUAACGAUAACAAUAACAAUAAUAUAGCUACAACAUCAUGUGAAAUGUCUUCAUCUUCAUCAUCGUCGUCAUUGCUUUCUUCGUGUUCAUCUCUCUCAUCCAUGGUCUCAGCAAUAGAGCUAGGUAACUCGGAUGAGUUGAGUGAGAUUGUAGAGUUGCCGAGUCUCGGAACUUUUGAUGAUUUAACCAAAUUAGGGACUGAGUUUGUGUAUGAUUUUGAUAGUAGUUCAUGUGGAGAUGGGUGGUUUUAUCAUCACUUACCUUGGAUGGAGAAUUUUGCUGUGGUGUCUGAAAAUGUUGUUUCAACUGGUUUUGAAGCCUUGUUGUGGAAUUAUAUGUGAGUGUUAGUUUUUCUUUUUCUUGAUUUUUAUUGUAAGUGUGCUAAUUCUGAUGAAAUUUAUUUGUGUGUGUAUAAAUUUCUCUUUUCUUUUCUUUUCUAGUUCUAAUUAGUCAUCCACCUUUUUGUUUGGAAGACUAAUUAGAAACUUUAUUUUCUCUUCUUUGGUUUAUCCCUUUUCCCCUACCCCAAAAAAUUCCAAUAAAUUUGAGAUGUUCAUACAAGUUAUUUUUUCAA